AUGGCAACCAAUCCAGGUAUUUCAAUUCAUUCGCAAGCUUCAUCUAUUACCAUGUUUAAUGGUUUAAACUUCUCUGAAUGGAAUGAACAAAUGAAGUUCCAUUUAGGUCUUUUGGAUCUUGACUUGUCACUUUUAGAAGAGAAACCCAUUGUCACUGAUGACAAUGAUGAAGAUAAAAAGUAUGCACUUAAGACAUGGGAACGUUCUAACAUAUUAAGCAUUAUGUUUAUGCGAAUGACUACUGCAAGCAAUAUUAAGACUACCCUUCCACAAACAGAAAGUGCUAAAGAAUAUCUUGCAUUUGUGGAAGACCGCUUCUGUUCUACUGAUAAGUCACUCGUUAGUACAUUAAUGUCAUAG